GUUGUAUUUCUGCUCGUGGUUGGUCUGUUAAUCUGGCGGUAGAGGGAGGGAGAGAGGCAGGACAACCUUCAGCCUGGGUAGACUCUUGGAUGUAAGGCCGAAGAACAUAAAUACAGUGACAAAAAACACACCUUGUACAGCACAGCGCCACACACGUCACCAUGCCGCGACUUCGUGUUGAGGAAGCCAGCGAUGACGAUUGUAAUACCAGCUCUCAGAGUCAGAGGGACACAGAAAUCAGCUCUGAGACCCAAACCAAGCUUGCUGGUCUUGUCUGCAACUAUCUCUUGGUGGCAGAAUGCAAAAAGAUACCAGCCAAGAGAGCAGACAUCAAGAAAUUAAUCCCGAAGGAAAAUGCCCGCCACUUACCUAAAAUUAUGGCUGAAGUGAAUAACAUCAUGGAACAGGUUUACGCGUACAAAGUGGUAGAAUUAGAAAAGUCCAACUACAUCUUGAUCAACAACAUCGGCACGAACCACUCGGACCACGACAACACCUCCAAGAUCAGCGACACCGCCAAGACGGGUCUCCUCACGGCUAUACUGGCGGGGAUAUUUAUGACCGGAGAACUGAUGCAGGAGAAACACUUCAUACAAUACCUUAAAAAACUGGAUGUCGACAUAUUAUCCAAGAAUCCCCAUCCAGAAUUAGGCAACGUAGCAAAGCUCAUACAUCAGGAAUUUACCAAACAGAAGUACUUAGAAAUAACCAGCGACACAACGACUGACCCUCCCACCCGAGAGUACCGCUGGGGUGAGAGAGCCCACCUGGAGCUGUCCAAGAGAGAUAUACUGGAGUUGGUCUGUAAGGUAUAUGGAAAUCACAUGCGACCUGAGAGAUGGAUGUCACAGUGGAAGAUCGUUCAGAAGGAAAAGGGAGCACCCGAAAACACAGAGCCUCAACCCAGAAGAUUACGUAUCGAGAAAUAAUUCACAUCACAGGGAUUUUCCUUUCCCCCCAUCUUUUGGCAAGUGUGGAUUGGUGAUGAUGAUGAUGGUGGUUAUGAUUAGUACAAGGUAACCAGAAAGAAAAGCAACACACACACACACUCUCUCUCUCACUACAGUGGACUUAUUAUAAUUACUGUACUGUACAAUAUAUUACACAUUUUAUUGUAUACAGUAUUUCAAAUUGCUGUAAUUACAUUUAGAGUAUUACAGUAUUAUAUUUGUAUCUUGUGGUAGAAAAAUAUUGACUAUAUAUUUUGAUUCAUCUUGUGAAAUAAAGUUAAAUGAAAAUU